UUUAUUUUUCCGCCGAUCAAAUGGUUAAUAUUUAAAUUGAUCCGUAGAGCUGAUCCCGAGGACACAAUGAAAACCCCUGGUGCCGCCAACCCAGACCCAGAGCUGAACAAGUCAUCGCACAGCAAGGUCAGCAAGAAGUCCACAAAGUCCCGCUCCAAGUCCACAAAGUUGGAGGUGGGAGGAAGCAAAAUCUCGGCUUCUGGCCCGGGAUCGGCUGUGGGCGUAGGAGUGGGGGUGGGCAGUCUGCCCGCCACGCCCACCCAUGUACAUUUGGUAACGACACCCACAACACCGACUUCUAGCCAUGCCAACUACAACAUGUUCGAUGCCUCCUUUGCGGUGGCCGGCGGAGGACACGGAGUGUCAGGUGUCUCUGCAGCUGAGGCCUCGGGCAACACCAGUCGAAUGAGUCAUCACAAAAGCUACGCAGGCUUCGACCCUCGCAGCAUAAAGAUCUUCUGGGAACAGCACGACCAAACGGACGUGGAGUUGUCCCAGGACGUGUGCGCCCGGCUUGCCGAGGAUGCAUCCUACAAAGUCUGGGAACUAAUCAAUAACGUGAAGAUAUACUCGCGCCACUCGGGCGGAGUGGUGACCUACGAUCUAGUCAAUGAGGUGCUCAAAGAUGCCGAUGUACCCCCCAUGCUGGGCGCCAUGGACAGCGACUGGGAUCGCAUUGACUACGACGGAAGCUACUACUAUCACUCGGAUAAGAUUUUCGAGCUGCGGGACGAGUUCCAGAAGGAGAUUAGCCUUAGCCUGCCAGACGACGCAGACUUUCACAGUUUGUGCCCCGUGGAGGACAAGCAUACGGAGCAUCUGAAGCAGUCUGUCCAGAGUCUGGUUACAGCUGCUCUAUUUGCCGACAAGAAGACCCAGUCCUCGGCGCUAGCCUUCGCCGUUCAGACGCCAUUAAUGGGUUCCAUCUAUCGUGUCAUAGUCAGCAAGAUGCUUCAGCUACUGGCUUUCAAGCAGCAAGAACAACUGAGCCGACGUUGCUGGCGGCUGCUCCGCGCCUGUAACUACAAUUCGCAGGCAAACCAAAACGCCUGUCGCCAGGAGUACUUCCACCUGGCCGAAGUGCUCGUCAGCCAGCUGAUGGCGCCCUACGAAACUAUAAAGGCGCCUCCGGAGGCCAGCGAAAACACAGUCCAAAUGGAGCUUGAGGAGCCGCUCAAAAUAAAGCCAGAACAAUUCCCCGACCCAGGAAUGGAUGUGUGCAAGCAGGAACCUCAGGAGCAGCAGCAGCCACAGCCACAGGAACAAGCUGCGUUUCCCAGCGAUGCUGCGCAGCAGCAGCAGCAGACCAUAUAUAAGAUCAAACACGACGACGACACUAAUGACGCUAAGCCGGAGCCCCAGCAUCUGUCCAGCUAUUUCGCCAGUCCCGUUGGAAACGGGCUCGUGGACGAAGUUUGCGAAACGAUUGGCCAGCUAGCCUCCCAGAGCGGCUACCUCCAUGCCGAGUGCCUCUUCCUGAUCAAGCGGCGGCUGGUCAGAUUCUUCGCGGGUCGCGACGUGUGCAGCGAGAGGGAUUUCCAGUACAUCAGCCGAGCAGUGCGUGGACUCAUCGCCCUGGGGGCGUACGCGUUCCGUGAGUUUAUUCCUUACAUCUACAAACUGAAUGCAGAUGUGAUACCGGAUAGCCUGUGGCAGGACCUGGCACCGGCUGCCGUCUUUCUCGAGGGAAGCGACGAUAUAUACCUGUACGAGUGGCUGGAGCACGGCUGUGGGGCUUCCAAGCUGCAGCCGUUUAUGGUUCACUAUGCCUGUGCAUACGAGGAGCUCGUGACCCGACGCUAUGUGCGGGCCAAGGCACCAGUCUACCGAAUCGAGGCGACACCCGGUGUACGUCGGCUGGAGUGGAGCACCUUGGCAGCGGCCAUGUGUCACGGCGACGAUCCGAGCAAGGCGCUCAAGCCGAAGCCUACACUAAGGGAAGCCUUUCCAGAACUACAACUGCCGAAUCUUCGGCACAACUGCUCCGGCAGCAUCCGCUUCAAGUUCGCGGGAUGCCGUCCCAUGCUGCUCAAUGCCAAGGCAUUGCCCCGACCACAGGCAAUGGAUUCGCCAUCAACCAUCAACGGGGGCAGUGGCAGUGGCAGCAACUCUGACAUACUCAUCGCCAGACGCAAGCUCUUCAAGCCGCUGACAAAUGUGAGACGAGAGGUGCCCACCAGUGGGUAUCACUACCUUAGGAUCUGAAUCGGAUUCAGGAACACCACGAAUCGAUCUGUAUCUCAGGGUCCUGUAUUCUGUGGGGAUCUCAAUCGCAAACCCUCUAAUAUUAAGUCAAAAGUCACGAAAUAAAUACGUAUUUAUUAUCAAGUUAA